AUGGCAUUAGCAGCUAUUCUUGCAUGCUUAAGCUUCAUUCUUCUCUCAUUUUCGGCAGAGGCUAGCCAUGGUGGUUUCACUGUUGAUCUUAUACAGCGCGACUCACCGCUUUCCCCCUGGUACGACUCAUCCACCACCCAUUUCGACAGCUUGCACAACGCUUUCCGCCGCUCCAUCUCACGUGCACAUCGUUUCAUCAAGCCAAGCACGAAUACAAUCGAAUCCAAAAUAGUCCCAAGUGGUGGAGAAUACUUGAUGAACAUCUCCAUCGGAACCCCACCGGUUGAGGUUCUCGGAAUAGCUGAUACGGGCAGUGAUCUUGUCUGGACCCAAUGCAAGCCAUGCACGCAAUGCUUCAACCAAAACCCACCUCUCUUCGAUCCUAAGCGCUCCUCCACGUAUCGAACCGUCCCCUGUCAGUCCAACAAAUGCUCCAAUCUUGAAGAAGCCUCUUGCGGUGGGGACCACGGUGACACUUGUGUGUACAGUUAUCGUUAUGGAGAUCGUUCGUUCACUCGGGGGAGUCUAGCUCAGGAGACCUUCACCAUCGGCUCCGCUUCCGGUCGGCCGGUUUCCCUUCCGAAAAUCAUUUUCGGUUGUGGACAUGAAAACGGUGGCACAUUUGAUGAGUCCGGCUCCGGCUUGAUCGGUCUUGGCGCUGGUCCACUUUCUUUCAUUUCUCAACUAAACGGAGGGAAAUUUUCCUAUUGCUUGGUACCCACGUCAGCUAAAUCCUCCGUUGCAAGCAAAAUAAGUUUUGGUACUGCCGGAAUAGUCUCAGGCAACGGUGCCGUCUCAACUCCUCUAGUUUCCAAACAACCCAACACGUUCUAUUACCUUACUCUUGAAGCAAUUAGCGUUGGAGAAAAGAGACUAUCCUACAAGACCAGCCAAUCCACUAAGGCUGUUGCUGCCAGUUACGGUAGUGAGGGUAACAUAAUCAUCGACUCCGGGACUACGCUGACCUUGCUUCCACCUGGGUUCUACAACGACGUCGUCUCGGCUUUGGAAGUGGCGAUUAAUGCAGAGCGUGUUAGUGAUCCGAAGGGGGUUCUGAGUCUUUGUUUUAGAAGCAAAAGUGAUCAUGACAUUGAUGUCCCCGUUAUUACUGCGCAUUUUAGUGGUGCUGAUGUGAAGUUGAACGCUUUGAACACGUUUGCUAGGGUGGAGGAUGAUAUGGUUUGCUUUACGAUGAUUCCGUCUGAUGACGUGGCGAUCUUCGGAAACUUGGCUCAAAUGAACUUCCUGGUGGGUUAUGACCUUGAGGAAAGUACUGUGUCCUUUAAGCCAGCUGAUUGCACCAAGCAUUAG